AUGGGGAAGGUGGAGAAACAAGGUAGAAUCAAGAGGCUCCUAAAGGACAGAAAUGUUGAUAUUGUUUUUUUUCAAGAAACCAAAAGGGCAAUUAUAACAGAGGGUGAAGCUAGAAGGCUAUGGGGAAGUAAAAAUAUGGAGUUUAUGUCUGUUGAUCCUGAAGGAACAGCCGGAGGCCUGCUAUGCAUAUGGGAUCCUGCAGUUUUCACACUCUCUGGUUGCUGCUGCAAUAGGAGGUACAUCCUACUCUCAGGUUCCUUAUAUAACACUUUUGACUGUGUUCUGCUUAAUAUACACGCCCCCAAUGAUGUUGGUGCCAGAUCUUCUUUUUGGGCUAGUGUCUUAAAGCUUAAAUCCCUUUUCCCUCUUCCUUGGUGCAUGGGUGGUGACUUUAAUGAAAUUAGCCAUAUUAGUGAAAGAGUUGGUUGUUCUAGGAGAGACAGGGGCAUGAAGCAUCUUAAUGAAUUCAUUGGUAAUAGUGAGCUUCAUGAUCUACCACUUCAUGGGAGGAGAUACACAUGGUGCAAUGCCCAGGAAUCAGAGAAAUGGAGCAGAAUUGAUAGGAUUUUACUAAGUCCUGAAUGGAUGAUUAAAUUCUCAAUGAAACUGUGGGGUUUACCCAGGCUAAUCUCAGACCAUUGCCCUCUAUUAAUGAUGGAGGAUUCCAGAGAUUGGGGGCCAAAACCCUUCAGGUUCCUAAAUGCGUGGACUCUCCACCCAAGCUUUGCUCCAUUCUUUGUCUCAUCAUGGUCAGAUACCUCUUUUGUGGGCUGGUCUGGGUAUAUACUCUCCCAAAAGCUAAAGCAUCUGAAGCAAGUCUUAAAAUUUUGA